CUGCACUGACACAUGACAGCCCACAUAGGAAAACACAACUUUAUAUACACAUACAGAUCCUAACAUGGUUUCAGAAGGACACAGCACACUGAUAAGUAACAGGAGGUGCAUACAGCAUCAUCAGCUUCUACACCAACACUGACUGUUAGGGAUUGACCUGUAUAAUAAUACUCAGAUUAGGAGACCCACACAGCACACACAUUGGGUAAAGUCACAUAGACUUUGAUAUUCUUCUUCCAUCCUGCACAAGGACUGAUCAGCAAGAAAUGAAGGUUUUACUGAACGUUCCCUGUCUGUCUCUAUUAAGGAGAGCGGCUCUGGGGUCAGCGAAUCCUCAUCUGAUGACAGUGAGAAGGAUUUCUGCAAGCCCGUUCCAGCCGCUGCCACACACUGAUAGAAAUAGAAUCUCAUGGUCAGCCUUCUGCGUUACAAAGGAAUCUCAUUUCUGCCAUAGGUGGAAACAAGCUUACAAUGGCAUCUUUCUCCACAGAAGAGGAUACAGCAAAAGCGAGAAGCUAUCGCUCACUGAUGUGGCAGACAGGAUAAAGCAGGGUGUAUACAAGCGUAUUGUAGUGAUGGUGGGUGCUGGUAUCAGUACUGACAGUGGGAUUCCAGAUUUCAGGUCUCCAACCAGCGGCCUCUACAGUAAACUGCAGGAAUAUAAUCUUCCAUACCCUGAAGCUAUAUUUGAUUUGAGCUACUUCUUGCGUGAGCCUCAUGCCUUCUUGCGCCUUUCCAAGGAACUGCUACCUGGACGACACUUUCCCAAUCCAGCACAUUAUUUUCUGCGGCUUCUAAAUGACAAAGGGUUAUUGUCACGCCUCUACACACAAAACAUAGACGGCCUGGAAAGAGUGGCUGGGAUUCCAACAGAAAAAAUGGUGGAAGCUCACGGCUCUUUUUCUUCAGCCACGUGUACCAUGUGCCUGAAAGAAUACCCGGGCAAGGCCUUUCAGGAUCCUGUGCUGGAGUCUCAAGUCCCUCGCUGUUCAGCAUGUGGUGGUCUCAUCAAGCCUGACAUUGUGUUUUUUGGAGAACAGCUUCCCGCUCGUUUCUUCUUGCACCUCACCGACUUCCCCAGGGCAGACCUUCUAAUUGUCAUGGGCACCUCUCUAGAGGUGGAACCAUUUGCCAGUUUGGUGUAUGCAGUCAGUCGUUCUACACCACGAGUUCUUAUAAAUCGAGAUAAUGUGCGACCGUUUUUGGACACUUCAGAUGGACUCAAUGUAGUGGAGCUUGGAGAAGUCACCAGUGGAGUGAAGCAUUUUGUACAAUUGCUGGGCUGGGAGCGUGAACUUGACGAGCUAGAGGAACGUGGCAAGAACACAGAAGAUCAUCAAGCAUGAACUGUUUGUAGUGAAGACCUAAGUACGGUGUAAUUCAGGAAUAAAGGGUGAAGAAAUGUUACUGUAUACAAUAGUAAUAACUAAUGAUAAGUAUGUGUGUAAUAGAACUUAUAAAUGGAGCUACUAUGAAACUGUGAGAAGUGCUUUAACUAUUGGUAAUAAUUGAAAGAAGUAAUACUGUAUAUAUGGUCUGUCAAUGUGCCUACUUACUGUACUCUUUACCUCAGCAACUGUGUUUUUAAAUAAAAAUUCAAAAUGUAUUAAUAUAA